CUUUCGCAACAAUUUUUCUGGUUUUUUAUGUUUUUUUUUCCCUUUACGAUUUUAUUUAUUAUAUAUGUUCACAUUUAGGGCGGGUUUCUCCCUAUCGCGAAAACACUACUCUUCAAUUCUUUCUUUGCGGACUGGACAUCUCGUCCACUCUAACACUCUUUUGUCCCACUGUCCAUACCCCAUUGCGCAGUUUUCCUCAACCACAAUGCAGAACUCUCCCAAGAAACCAGAUCAGAGUAUGAAGCGGCGCAAGAAGGGCAAGGCCGAUCGAGAAAAUAGCAGUGGGUUUGAUGAAGUCCUUCAAGCCGAUAUCGACCAGCUGCUACGAAAGCAUAAGCCUGAGAGCGAAGUUGGUAUAGAAGAUGCUUCCACCCCGCCACCUUCUUCUCUACCGGAGACUUUCACUGAGAUUGAGGUCAAGGUCGCUCAGCUAUCAUCAACUGGCGAUGGCCUCGCGCUGUCUGAGAAUGCGAAUCAUGUCUACGUCGUUCCCUUUACAGUCCCCGGCGACAAGGCCUUGGUCAAAGUUGUGCGCCAUUUUCCUACCUUAUCCUAUAGCUUGACAGAUUUUAUCAAGACGGUUGAAGCAGGUCCUCAGCGAAAGGAUUCUGCGAUAGGAUGCCAGUAUUUCGGCAAAUGUUCUGGCUGCCAGCUGCAAAUGAUGUCCUAUGAAGAUCAGCUGGCUCAUAAGAAGCGCAUUGUGGAAAAGGCUUACGCCAACUUCUCCGGCUUGAUUCCGGAGUUAAUACCCGCUAUUGGCGACACUUUCCCCUCUCCUUUGCAGUACGGUUAUCGCACAAAGUUGACGCCACAUUUUGCGGGCCCCAGUGGAAAUAGAAGGAGUAAGAACGGCCCUAGAGAACCUCAUACCGAGGUGCCACCUAUCGGAUUUACAUAUAAGAAUCAGCGCCGGGACUUGGAUAUUGAAGACUGUCCUUUGGGCACCGAUAUUGUUCGAAAAGGCCUCAAAAGUGAGAGAAAGAAGGUUGCGGAAAAUAUUGGAAAAUACAAAAAAGGAGCCACGAUUCUGCUGCGGGAAUCCACUGCGCGGAUUCCGAAAGAUGGGGUGGAUGCUGGUUCGACAAUAAAGAACCGCGAUAUUGAAACUGGGGAGGACUCAGGUGAUGUGAUACAGAUCGAGCGUGAGAAGUACACCGAAGAGAAACGGUGUGUGACGGAUCCCAAUGGGACAUCAGUCGAAUACAUCGAUGAUUAUUUUUUCAGCAACAAAGCCGGCGCUUUCUUCCAGAACAACAAUUCCAUCCUCUCUGGCUUUACAGAAUACAUCCGCCAGCUUGCACUACCAGAGAACAAUCAACAAGAUCCCAAGCCCAUUAAAUAUCUCCUGGAUGCCUAUUCCGGUUCCGGUCUUUUCACAAUCACACUCUCGCCACUCUUCAGGUCAAGCCUCGGUGUGGAUGUAGCCGGAGAUUCUAUUGCCUCCGCGCGUGAGAAUGCGCGCGCCAACUCCCUUCCAAAUACCGGCUUUGCCGCGGCGGAUGCCGCCACACUUUUCAAGGACGUACCUUAUCCUCCCGACCAGACACUUCUCGUGAUUGACCCGCCCCGCAAGGGGUGCAGUGAUGACUUCCUCAGUCAACUUCUGACUUUUGGGCCUCGCCGCGUCGUCUACGUGAGUUGCAAUGUACAUACACAGGCGCGGGACGUAGCGGUUAUGGUCCAGGGUGACGCGGAGAAGAACAUCCGUUAUGAGAUUGAGAGUAUCAGAGGCUUUGACUUCUUCCCUCAAACAGGUCACGUAGAAGGCGUGGCAAUUCUAAACAAGUCCACAUUCCGAUGAAUGAAUGCGCAAAAUUCAAAACCUUUGCUAUACAACAACUUUGGAUACAAUAUUUGGUCUUCAGCGCGUUGGCUACAAUACAAAGGAAUAUAGAAUAGACAUUAAUUGACGAUUCUUUCCUUA